AACAAGCAAACAAAAAAUAUUCACAAUAACAUAAACUAUGGAAUUCGGUAUUUGGAAUUACACAACUCUAUCGGACAGCGAAGAGGAGGACAAGGAGUACAUUGUAGAGAAAAUACUUGAUCGUCGCAUACACCUUGGGGAGUUGCAAUAUUUCGUAAAGUGGCAAAAUUUUCCAGAUGAGGAUAAUACCUGGGAGCUGGCGAAAUUCUUAGACUGCGAGUCAUUGAUAGCUCAAUUCGAGUCUCAGCGGGCCAAGAAAAACCUCAAGCGACAAGCUGAGAUCAAGAUAAAUGAGAUUUACGUCGACAAAGCAAAAAAAUUUAAGAUUGAGCCGUCUUUAAUAAUGGACAGUGCCUUCGAUUAUGGCCACACAGCUGAACAAAUACUGUAUGCCAUAAAUUGCGACGGGAAAAUUACAUUUUUGAUUCAAUUCAAGGACCUCGAUCUGCCGGAACUCAUUGCAUGCGACGUGGCAUACAACCAUAUACCAAUGAUGGUUAUCAAGUUCUAUGAGGAGCACCUUAAGCUCCUGCACGCCUUUGCCACCAUUUGAAUAUCAACUUUCAUGUUCACGUCUAAUUAUAUUUAAUUCGUAUUUA